CUCCGGCUUCGGUCUCCCUCCACGUUUCCCCGGGCGGAUGCGUUCCCGUUGAGGAAUCCCGAUCGAUCGCCGCCGCCGCACCGCCGCCGCCGCCAUGUCGAUUCGCCGGCCGCCGCAGCCGGCGGCGGAGUCCCCCUGGGACACGAUGCUCCCGGGCCCGCCCAGCCGCAACAACUUCGGAUCCAUGGACCUCUCCCCCUCCGGCCUCCUCGCCUUCCCCUCCGGCUCCUCGGUCACCGUCGUCGACUCUCGCUCCCUCCAGCUCAUCACCACCGUCCCCCUCCCUCCUCCGCCCCCUUCCUCCGCCGCCGCCUCCGCCGCCUCCCUCUCCCCCUUCGUCACCUCCGUCCGCUGGUCCCCGCAACCCCUCCCCCACUCCGUCCUCCUCUCCUCCGCCUCCGACGACCUCCCCUCCCCGCUCCUCCUCGCCGCCGGCGACCGCCACGGCCGCCUCUUCCUGCUCGACCCCCGCUCGCGCUCCCCGCCCCUCCUGACCUUCGAAUCCGACUCGGUCUCUCCUAAAUCCGGCAUCCAAGACCUGUGCUGGAUCCAGUCCAAGCCGGAUAGCUUCCUCCUCGCCGCCCUCUCCGGCGCCUCGCUCCUCUCCCUCUACUCCCCCGCCACUGGCCGCUGCAUUUGGAAGUACGAUGCCUCGCCGGAGUACUUCUCCUGCAUUCGCCGCGAUCCGUUCGACUCGCGCCGUGCGUGUGCCAUCGGGAUCAAAGGGUUUCUUCUGUCGAUCAGGGCGCUGGGCGAAACCGAGGAGGACAUCUCGAUCGGCGAGCUGCAGAUCAGGACGGAUUGCAGUGAAUUGCAGAGGUUGGAGAGGGAUUUGAGCGGAUCGUCCUCGUCGUCACCGGCAGCUGCGGUUUUCCCUACUUAUGUGGUGAAGUUGGCAUUUUCGCCACACUGGAACCACAUCUUGUAUGUGACGUUUCCGAGGGAAUUGGUUAUUUUUGAUUUGCAGUACGAGACAGCAUUGUAUGCCGCAGCAUUGCCUCGAGGUUGUGGCAAGUUUCUUGAUGUGUUGCCGGACCCGAACCACGAUUGGCUUUACUGCGCGCAUCUCGAUGGAAGGCUCAGCAUUUGGAAGCGAAAAGAGGGAGAACAGGUGCAUGCUAUGUGUACUAUGGAAGAGUUGAUGCCUUCCAUCGGCACAAUCGUACCUUCUCCUUCGAUUCUUGCAGUCGUCAUCUGCGAAUCAGAUUCCACCCUUCAGAAUGUUGCAAGGCAAUACUCUGAUGCACCUCCUUCACCUGCCUCCAGUGUGGAGUUUGACAAUCCUUUUGAUUUUAGUGACGAUUCUCUUCUUGUUUCUAAGACGCGAUUGAUCUCCAUUUCUGAUGAUGGAAAAGUGUGGAACUGGCUUUUAACUUCUGAGGGUGAUUUGUGUGCUCAAAAGGACACAAAUGACGCAAGUGCCGUGCCUGAUGCCACUGCUGUAUCGGCUCUUGAGAAUAAUACUGAACACAGUGGUUCUACCACUGAGGGAAUUGCGUCUGAAGGAGUUCAGCAGUCAGUGAAUGUCAGUGAUGCUAGAAGCCGCGCGUCAAAAUCAUCCCUCAAAGAGACGGAAAUCUCAUUUAAGAUGAGUUUAGUUGGACAACUUCAACUUCUUUCAUCAACAGUGACGAUGCUGGCUGUACCAUCCCCUUCGUUAAUCGCUACAUUAGCCCGUGGGGGAAACAGUCCUGCUGUAGCUGUUCCACUGGUUGCUCUCGGAACACAAAGCGGGGCGGUUGAUGUUAUUGAUGUUUCUGCCAAUGCCGUUGCGGCAAGUUUUUUAGUUCACAGCGGUGUUGUUCGUGGAUUAAGAUGGCUUGGCAACUCUAGGCUCGUCUCAUUUUCAUACAUCCAGGCAAAUGAGAAAACUGGAGGCUACACCAAUAAGCUCGUUGUUACAUGCCUUCGAAGUGGCCUUAAUAAACCAUUUCGCGUUUUACAGAAGCCUGAACGUGCACCAAUAAGAGCUUUAAGAGCUUCCUCAUCCGGAAGGUAUCUUCUUAUUUUGUUUCGUGACGCUCCUGUGGAGGUCUGGGCUAUGACUAAAAACCCUAUCAUGCUUAGAUCAUUAGCCCUUCCAUUCACGGUAUUAGAAUGGACUCUUCCAACAGUUCCGAGACCAAGUCAACUGCCUAAGCAAUCACCAUUACUGUCCAAAGAUGAAGGAGCUGUAGCAACAGAUGGGAUAUCUUCUCCGACUACAUCUUCAGAUUCCAAAGCAUCGACCCCGGAUGCAUCUCAUGACGAUACAACUGAAAGUUUUGCAUUUGCUUUAGUUAAUGGUGCACUUGGAGUGUUUGAGGUUCAUGGACGGAGAAUCCGUGACUUCAGACCUAAAUGGCCUUCAUCUUCAUUUGUUUCGUCUGAUGGGUUGAUCACAGCGAUGGCUUACCGCUUGCCUCAUGUAGUCAUGGGGGAUAGGUCGGGGAAUAUCAGAUGGUGGGAUAUAACUACUGGACAUUCCUCCUCAUUCAACACGCAUAGGGAGGGAAUACGAAGAAUAAAAUUUUCACCUGUUGUUGCUGGAGACAGGAGUCGAGGACGCAUUGCUGUUCUAUUUUAUGAUAACACUUUCACUGUUUAUGAUCUGGAUUCGCAGGAUCCAUUAGCUAAUUCUCUCUUACAACCUCAGUUUCCUGGAACCCUCGUACUGGAACUUGACUGGCUAUCCGUUCGAUCGGCUAAGGAUGACCCGUUAGUUUUAUGCAUAGCUGGAGCUGAUAGCAGCUUCCGCUUAAUUGAGGUUAACAUAAAUGACAAAAAAUCUGCCUCUGGAAUCCAGCCUAGGCCUAUCAGAGAGAGAUUUCGGCCAAUGCCUCUGUGUUCUCCCAUUCUACUGCCACUACCGCAUGCCUUGGCAUUGCGUAUGAUCUUGCAACUGGGGGUAAAACCCUCUUGGUUCAACACUACUGGGACCAGUAUAAAUAAGAGGCCUCACUUGAUUCCAGGGGCCGCUUCGUCGACUGGAGAUCUGCGUGGUUACAUGAUAGAUAUACCACCGGUAGGAGACUCCGUGGUGCCGGAGAUGCUUCUCAAAGUAUUAGAACCAUAUCGAACAGAAGGUUGUAUGCUGGAUGAAGAGAGGGCGAGGUUGUAUGCUACAGUGGUUAACAAAGGCUGUAUUGUAAGGUUUGCAUUUGCUGCUGCUGUCUUUGGUGAAUCCUCUGAAGCCUUAUUCUGGUUGCAGUUGCCUCAUGCUCUCAACCACUUGAUGAAUAAGUUAGUGAGGAAGUCUCUGCAGAGAGCUCCUGCAUCUGCACAGGUACCAGAGAUCGACGAGACUGCCAUGCUGAGCAGGAUAACUUCAAAAGGGAAGUCAACAACCGGAGCAGGGAAAAAGGAUCAAUUGAGCCAAGGUCAACUAAAAUCAAUGGCCUUCGAACAAGAAGAGUUGUGGGAAAAUGCUAGUGAGCGUAUUCCUUGGCAUGAGAAACUGGAGGGCGAGGAAGCUGUCCAGAAUCGUGUGCAUGAGCUUGUGUCGGUUGGAAACUUAGAGGCAGCUGUCAGCUUGCUGCUUUCGACCCCUCCAGAAAGCUCUUAUUUUUAUCCAAAUGCUCUACGUGCAGUUGCACUUUCUUCAGCUGUUUCAAAGUCCCUUCACGAACUUGCUGUAAAGGUUGUGGCUGCCAACAUGGUUAGAACUGACAGGUCACUGUCAGGUACUCAUCUUCUCUGUGCUGUUGGAAGGUAUCAAGAAGCUUGUUCACAGUUACAAGAUGCAGGAUGCUGGACAGAUGCGGCGACUUUAGCUGCUACACACUUGAAGGGCUCUGACUAUGCAAGAGUGUUGCUGAGAUGGGCAGACCAUGUACUUCUGGCUGAACACAACAUCUGGAGGGCCUUGAUUUUGUAUGUUGCUGCUGGCGCACUCCCGGAGGCAUUGGCAGCUAUUCGUCAGGCGCAGCGACCAGAUACAGCUGCCAUGUUCAUACUCGCUUGCCGUGAAAUUCAUGCGGCUUUUAUGUCCAACAUGGGUGAUUCUGAUGACGAGUCUUCAGUCAAGAAGGAGCAGUUAAACUUGCCUGUUUUGGACCCAGAGAAUGAGGAUGUCAUUGCAGUCGGGGAAUAUUAUGGGCAGUAUCAGCGGAAGCUUGUUCAUCUCUGCAUGGAUUCGCAGCCAUCAUUCGACUAAACAAGCUAAGCUGGGUCAUUGUCCGGUCUAUUAUUCACUUAUGUCUCUGUGCGGUGACAUUGUGCAAUACCUAUAGCAGCGUGAAUGCUCGUGGGAUUCCUUCUUGCUCACAAUAUACGUCGUUGAUGCUGGAUUCUUAAUUUAGAUAACCAAAUUGCUCUCCCGUUCGGAGGGUCGUCAACCUGAGAAUAUAGUGUGGCUCCACACAAGGAACUUAUACUAGAGGAGGAGAACUACAUUCAUCAAGGGAAAUCUGGCAUAUUAGGCUCUGGGAGAAUUCUGUGUUGCAGAAAACUCUACCCAAUGGGUCCAUUUGUAUGUAUUGUCAAAAAUUUUGCCGUCGUUUGAGUUGAUUUCCGCAGUUUUGCGAGGAGAGUAUGGCGCUUUGAGAUUCACAUUCUGAUUUAUUGUUUCCCCUGAAUGUACAGAUCAUUGAACUAAUUUGCUUAUAGAUAUUGUAUCUGUCUAUUCGUGGCUC